GGGAAAUAUGACUUCUUCCAACCCCGACCAGCGGCUGGAGCAUCUCCUCAGCGCCGUGGAGAGCGAGUUCCAGAAGGGCAGCGAGAAGGGCGACGCGUCCGAGCGGGAUAUUAAACUGACGCUGGACGACGCGGAGCUGUGGACGAAGUUCAAAGAGUUGACCAACGAGAUGAUCGUCACCAAGACCGGAAGGAGGAUGUUCCCGGUGCUCAGGGCCAGCGUCAGCGGCCUGGACCCGAACGCCAUGUACUCGGUGCUGCUGGACUUCGUCGCCGCCGACAACAACCGGUGGAAGUACGUGAACGGGGAGUGGGUCCCCGGCGGCAAGCCGGAACCGCAGAGCCCCAGCUGCGUCUACAUCCACCCGGACUCGCCCAACUUCGGGGCGCACUGGAUGAAGGCGCCCGUCUCCUUCAGCAAAGUCAAACUCUCCAACAAACUGAACGGGGGCGGACAGAUCAUGCUGAAUUCUCUGCACAAGUACGAGCCGAGGAUACACAUCGUGAAGGUCGGCGGCAUCCAGAAGAUGAUCAGCAGCCAGUCUUUCCCCGAGACGCAGUUCAUCGCCGUCACGGCCUACCAGAACGAAGAGAUCACCGCUCUGAAGAUAAAGCACAAUCCCUUCGCCAAAGCCUUCCUGGACGCCAAAGAAAGGAGCGACCACAAAGAAGUCCCCGACCACGGUGCCGACAGCCAACAGUCUGGUUACUCUCAGCUCGGAGGCUGGUUCCUCCCGGGACAGAGCCCCAUCUGCCCCAGCAGCAGCCCGCCUCAGUUCAGCGGCACAGCGGCCCACUCCUCGGGCUCCUACUGCGAGCGCUACUCCGGCCUGAGGAGCCACAGAUCGGCCCCGUACCCCAGCCACUACCCCCACCGCACCUCCAGCACGAACAACUACAUGGACAACACAUCCGCCUCUCUGUCCACUCAUGACAGCUGGUCCGCUCUUCAGAUCCCCAACUCCACGGGCAUGGGCACUCUGUCCCACUCCACCAACUCCACAUCGAACUCCAGUCAGUACCCCAGUUUGUGGUCAAUGGCCGGCACCACCCUCACCCCCUCGGGCUCGGCCUCGGCCUCGGGCUCCAUACCCGGAGGUCUGACCUCCCAGUUCCUGAGGGGCUCCUCCUACACGGGGCUGACCUCCUCGCUGCCCGUCUCCUCGCCCUCCUCCAUGUACGACCCCAGCCUGAGCGAGGUCGGGGUGGGCGAGGCCCAGUUCGAGAGCUCCAUCGCCCGGCUGACCGCGUCCUGGGCGCCCGUGGCGCAGAGCUACUGAGCCGCCGAGGAUUCCAAACUCUUGAGGGCUUGAGGGGCGGCCGUUCUCCGAAACGGCCCGAGGCUGCAGGGGACAGGACCAAAGAGACACAGAUAGGGGUCCCGGGGAAGACGUGGACAUGUCCAAGGGCCUGCGGGGACCAAGGGCCUUGGCUCCUGUUUGUGGAAAAAGCAUAGAUGAUUGAUUCCAAAGCCUCUAUUUAUAAAAGAAAAGAUGUAAAGUUAGGCUGGAGUUGAUGUCGAUGUGCAAAGACAGAACUUGACAAUCAUAUACUUCCAUGUUGGACAAUAUCCCAGUAGAAUACUACGCCUUAGAAUAGCUGCAUGGCCAGAACCCUUUCUUUGCUCUUAGUAAUGCCCGAAAUGCUUAUUACACAUUUAUAACAUGUUUAAGACACUUUUCUACUCCCCACCCCCCCAUCAAUCUAUCACUGUCCACAACUUUGGUUUUUAUAAAUGUUAAACAUAUAAGGGUUUUUUUUUUAAAGGUUCCCGCUAACAUAAAUGUGUAUAUGUGUGUAUAUAGAAUAAAUUAACGUCCAGUGUUUUUUCCGUAUAAAUGUGCCUUCUUCUGGUUGCAAUACAAACGUUCCGAGAUUCGGACUCAGAGUCACAAGUGCCUUCUGAAUCGCGGCAGGGUUUUUUGUCGGACAAAAAGACCCCCGCCUCCCCUGCACAAACGCAUGUACAUAAACUAUGUAUUUGUAUUUGAACUCACUGUGAGUUUUAUUUAUGUGAUUUAAUAAUAAAUUAAAUAUGUUUGUUUUCU